AUGGCUCAUGACAUUUUCUUCAAUGAUCAUAAGAGAAAAUUCACACUUGAGCAUGCAUGGUUUGAGUUGAGGCAUGAUCAAAAGUGGUGUGGAGGUCUGACGAGUAAUGUGAACUCUAAGAGAAGAAAGCUUGAUGAUCAAUCACCACAGUCAUCAACGUCAGUGUCAUGGAGCCUUGGAGGAGAUGAAGGCAUGGCACGGCAGGCUGGUGUCAAAGCUGCGAAGGGCAAAAGUAAACCGGCUGUGAGCAAGGGUAAGACUUCUGAAGCAGAAGGGAAGCUGUGUGUUGACUUUCAGAACAUGUGGGAGAUCAAGCAAAAGGAUUUUGAAUUGAAAGAGAAGCUUAACAAGCACAAAUUGCUUGACUCCCUAAUUACCAAGACAGAGCCAUUAACUGAACCAGAGAUUGCUUUGAAAAACAAGCUCAUUAAUGAUAUGUUGGUUGCUUAG